GCUGUGGUGUAAAGCAGAAGCUUUUAGAACAGGUAACGUGGAGGUCUUUAAGACCGGGGGAAGAGACGAAGCGCUUACAUUCCAGAGCAUUAAGUGAAGGAGCGCCAGCUGAUCAUCUCCUGCCUCGAUCGUAUCGGAUUUUACCCGUUUUCCUUUGGAAUGAGUUUUUGGAAACGCAAAAAGAAUGACAGCAAAAAGGAUACGGUUGAAAAAGACGCAGGACCCUUCUACCUGACACCCACCCCAGAUUCACCGAUCAUAGAGACUAAUGGACUGGAUCCUGUCAUUACAGACUUCAGGUUGGAGUUGCCAGACAAUAAAGAUGACCUCAAAGACACUGGAAAAACUACAUCCUCAGAAAGAUCUGAUCUGUCGGUGGCUCUGGAGGACUGCAUGGCAGCGCUGGAUUUAUUCCUGCAUAAUGAAUUUGAUGAGGCAUUGUCUAGACUCAAGUGCAGGACUAAAGACAGUAUGUAUCAUGCGCUCACGUAUGCCACCAUUCUGGAAAUGCAGGCAAUGAUGACCUUUGACCCUGAGGACAUCUUGUCAGCAGGAAACACCAUGAAAGAUGCUCAGUCUAUAUGUCAGCGGUAUCGUAAGAAGUCCUCCUUUAACAGUAAAAGCUAUACGGAAGAGGAGCUGCAUGCUGAAGUGUGUUAUGCUGAGUGUCUCCUCCAGAGGGCAGCACUGACCUUCUUACAGGAUGAAAAUAUGAUCAGCUUUAUCAAAGGAGGAAUUAAAGUGAGGAACAGCUAUCAAAUAUACAAGGAGCUUCAUACAGUCCUGAAAUCCUCUGAUUAUGUUCAUGGUCAAAGUCAUGGCCACCUUGAGGGAGGAGUAAAACUUGGAGUGGGAGCAUUUAAUCUGAUGCUUUCUCUGUUGCCCACAAGGACCCUGAGGAUGCUGGAGUUUGUGGGAUUCUCUGGUAAUAAGGAGUUUGGACUGCAGCAGCUCCAGGAGGGUUCUGCUGAACGCACAUUUAGAUCUUUCCUGUGUAACAUGCUGCUGCUUUGCUAUCACACAUUCAUGAGCUUCAUACUGGGGACUGGAGAAGGCGAUGUUGUGGAUGCAGAAAAACUGCUUCAGCCGUACCUUAAACAAUAUCCUAAGGGAUCUAUCUUCUUAUUCUUCGCUGGCCGAAUAGAAGAAAUCAAAGGCAACCUAGAUGCUGCUAUUAAAUAUUUUGAGGAGUGCUGUGAGGUCCAGCAGGUCUGGAAACAGUUUCACCACAUGUGCUACUGGGAGCUGAUGUGGUGUUUCACCUAUAAGCGACACUGGAAGAUGGCCUACGUCUACGCAGACCUGCUUAGCAAAGAGAAUGCAUGGUCUAAGGCCAUGUAUGCAUAUAUGAAAGCUGCCUACCUUAGCAUGCUGAGUACAGAGGAAUGUCAGCCAUUUGGGACAAGCGAUGUGGCAUUAUUCAGGCAGGUGCCUGGUCUAAAGCAGAAACUUGCUGGAAAGUCUUUACCCACUGAGAAGUUUGCCAUCCGUAAGGCUCGCCGAUAUAAUGCAGACAACCCAGUUUCUUUGCCUGUACCUCCGCUGGAGAUGAUGUAUAUCUGGAAUGGCUACACUGUGAUCGGGAAGCACAAAGACUUGACAGAGGGCAUGUUAAAGACACUGGAGGAAGCUCAGCAGAAACUUGAACAGAAUCCAAGGACAGAGUUCUCCAUAGAUGACCAGUGUGUGCUGAGUCUGCUGAAGGGUCUGUGUCUUAAGCAGCUAGGCUUUACAGAAGAAGCGGAGCACUACUUCACUCUCAUCCUGUGCAAUGAGACACAGAUCAAGUUUGACCACUACCUCGUACCGAAUGCUCUGUUGGAACAUGGCCUGCUGUGUUUGGAACAAGGCAGGAGAGAGGAAGCCAUCAAACUGCUGGAGAUGGCCAAACAGAACUAUAAAAACUACUCGAUGGAGUCACGGACUCAUUUCCGGAUUCAGGCUGCGCUGCACAAAGCACAAGCCACAGAGGAGAACGGCGAACCCUGCUCACCUUCGAGCCCUUAACAGCCACAGUAACAGAGAGGUCAUAGGGUCAACAAGUGCCAUGCUCAGGCCUAAGGAGCUGGGUGAAGGCUGCACAAGUGCAGAAAUUUUGAACAACAAUCAAACAGGACUGAGCAUCUGAUGAGAGAAAACUCAGUCUCUCUCACUCACACACAGGCAUUAACA